CUUUCGUCACCAACCGUCCUCCUCUGGCCACACCCCCAAUAUUAUUCUUUGGCUUUUAUCUCCAUCAUGUGUCCCCUCAAGAAGACUUUUAUGUGUUGGAACAUAAACUCAAGGAGUCAACUGCGGUACCAAACCGCUCGGAGAUAAUCCUUACCAUUACCCGUAAAUUACCCCUUCAGAGAAUGAUGGGUUUUAUUCUUUUACUCGCUCUGAUCCCAGCAGCCAUCUGUGCACCGGUGUUUCGUCCAGACGACUGCACUGACGUGUACAAUGGAGGCUCUGAAUACAGUGGUGUGUACUCCAUCUACACAACAGGACGUGUCCGGGUCUACUGCGACAUGGGCUCUGAUGAGGAAAGUGUGAAAUGGACUGUGAUUCAGAGAAGAAAAGACGGCACCGUGAACUUUUAUUAUGGAUGGGACCAGUACAGAACUGGAUUUGGAGAACCAUCAGGAGAAUUCUGGCUGGGACUGGAGAACAUCCAUGUCCUUACUCAGAGGAAGAGCUAUGAACUGAGAGUAGACAUGGAGGACUUUGAGGGCAACAAGGCCUACGUCUAUUAUUCCACCUUCUCUGUGGGUCCGGAGGAAGACGGCUACAGGCUUCAAGUCGGUGGCUUCAGAAAUGGAAGACGUGGAGAUGUUGCUGGAGAUUCAUUGAUUUACCAUGAUGGUAUGAAAUUUUCUACAUUUGACAAAGACCAGGACCUCAAUGGACAAGAGAACUGUGCUGGGCUCUUCCGUGGAGGAUGGUGGUACAACAACUGUCACUAUGCUAAUCCUAACGGUGUUUACUUUUCGGGCCACGACUCACCCUACGGGAUGGGAAUCAACUGGACGACUUGGAGAGAAUUGUAUUAUUCUCUGAAGUCAAUCGAAAUGAAGAUACGACCCAAAGAGUGAUAUCAGAUGUCAGAUUAUCACGCUCAUCACAUGCGCUGCCUGGCCAAUAAACAGCCACACACACUGUAGGACAGUCUUUUGUAGAGGUUGACCGAUAUGGGUUUGUUGAUUUUUCUUUUUUUCUACAAAAACAUAACAUCUAGGGUGAUUUUCUUCAUUUCAUUUUUCUUUUUGGGGAAAAAUGUGAUGAUUAUUGUUGAUGGGGGAGAAACAUCUUUGUUACUAACUUUCACCAGUAAUCCUUGAUGAUGUUGUAACAUCUUACACUGGCUGGUGUGAUAAUUUUGAUGUUAUGCUUUUCAGAUUCUUUACUAUAUUACUCUGAUGAUUGAUUUGGUGUUUUUAAUUAAGAAUAGAAUAGCAAGUAUAAUCAUUAUGAUAUCUUAGUUUGAUGGUGUUGAAGAAUGCUUUACGAUUCUGGGUUGUUAGAAUUGAUUCUUGUUUUUUUUUUAAUUAUUUUAUGAUGUUUAGUAACUGUGUGUGGUUUGUUGUUUAUUGUGCAAGUAAUUGUGUAACUCCUUGUUGUAACCACUGGAGGGCAGUGAGCACUAUCUUAAAUGUUGUGUGAUGAAUAAAGAUUUCAUAGGUGGAACAGCUUUUGCAAUAUUGUGUUCAAAGAGAACAAACCAAGCAGCACUUUAAUUUAUUUAUGGAUCUAUUGACAAAAUUAUUACCCAAAUAGGAGUGUUAUUAGUUAAGCUGUUUUCCAUAAACACACAC